AAACUGACUGCAAAAAGCAAAAAGAAAAGCAAAAUAUACAUAUAUAUAAAAAGAAGAUAGUAUAAAUGGUUAAAAAAAAACUACAGAGGCACAAAAAGAACAAAGAGUAAGAAAGGAAGAGUUGGAGAGUGCAAAGCCUCACCAAUGUCCGCAAGAGAGAGAGAGAGAGAGAGAGAGAGAGAGAGAGAAGCAGAGCACAGAAGAAAGAGAGGAGGGGGUGGAUGUGUUAAUACACAGGAACACUGCAUCAAACCAGUGCACUGCUCUGAGCGGGAUGCGUCAGCAGUACAUUCACGUUUCCAUUGAAGGACAAAAGGAGGAGGUAGAACACAGAGGUUUGACUGCCUGCAACCCUGUCACAUAAAGGGAAAAAGAGCGAGAGGAUCCUGAAUGCUGGGGAUACAGUGAGGACCGCUGCUGCCACCACUGUCGCCGUGGACAGUCUUCUCCUCCGGGUGCAUGUGUGUGCGUGAAUCUCUCUCUGCCUCACUCUCUCUCUCUCUCUCCUGCUGACCGCCAGGCAGUCCAGAGCCUCACGGGCAGAGCAGGCAAACUGCCACAACUUACUACCUCAAGAAGCAGGAAUAAAAGAAUACCGCAAGAUCUUUACCAGGGGCGAAAAACUACGGAAUCCUAUUCAAGACAAGCACUCUGAAAUCGACAGCACGUCACACAGCAAGAUCAAUUCCUCCUUUUUCUGACACUGAAGUGAGUGAGAGAGCAUGAGAAAGAGAGAGAGAGCAAGAACACACAAUCGCUAGAGAGAGCUUCACUGCUGCGAUGCUGCUGCCCCCCUUCCUCCCCCUUCCUGCUUGCGCACCACCACCCCCGAGCCCCCCUCCAGAGAAACUGACGGAUUAUUGCUAACUGUGCACGCGGCAGUCUGCAGCUGCUACGGCAACGAGCAGGAGAAUAGCGAGUUGAAAAAAGCAAGACGGAAUGACCGCAAUGUGCGUCUGUUGGCGUUUUUAAUAUUCGUCAGUGAACUGCUAAUCGACAGGACAAGUGUCGAUGGGGGGUGAACAACAGUGUGUUAGUCUAUAACAGGCAGGAAGGAAAAUCUGUAAAAGACUUGGGAUUUCAGUCCCAACACUAUUGCUUUUUCUUCUUCUUUUUCUGCGCUACUUGCAGUUUGGAAAUGGAGUCUUGUGAAAAAUGUUCAGCUGUAUGCAGCGUCGGCUUCCAAGGACAAUCAAUGGGGGAGCUGAGAGGAGAUCUUUUUCAAUCUGACUGGAUCCGUGCACCUGCUUAGCUCAAUGGGCCUUACCUCUUGAAUCAGUUUCUUUAAACACUGCAUCCCUCUGGAAUUCAAAGGAGCCAUUUUGGCACAUCUAUUCACAGUCCAGUUUACUUUUUUUGAAAAUGUUGUAGAGAUCUUAUUGAACCUUGUCAGUGUUAUGCAAAUUAAAAAGGGACAUUCAAAGGAGAACUAAUGAUUACCAUCCUGCACUGUCGAUGGAAAGCAGAAGCAGUGUCUUGCUCAAGCCAGGGUAGGGCCACUGUUCUCCGUUCCCGAGCCGAAUCCCCAGAUGAUGUUGAAUUAUGAAUGCGCCACAUCAUGAGUCUCUUGUGGCAGGUAACUGUGCACUGGAACGCAGCCCUGCUCUGUGCAGUCUACCUCAUGGUGCGAGCGUGGAGUGUGUGCGCCACCCCCACCGGACCGCAGAACUGCCCAGCUGUAUGCUCCUGCAGUAACCAGUUCAGCAAGGUGGUGUGUACCAGGCGUGGCCUGGUACGAGUGCCCCCUGGCAUCCCCACUAAUACACGGCACCUCAACCUCAUGGAGAACAGCAUUGAGGUAAUCCAUGCUGACACCUUUCGACACCUCCACCAUCUGGAAGUGCUGCAGCUUGGCAGGAACUCCAUCCGGCAGAUUGAGGUGGGGGCCUUCAAUGGUCUCACCAAUCUUAACACCCUGGAGCUCUUUGACAACCGGUUGACUGUAAUCCCAAGUGGCGCUUUUGAGUACUUGUCUAAGCUGCGGGAAUUAUGGCUCAGGAACAACCCUAUUGAAAGCAUACCGUCUUAUGCAUUCAACCGUGUCCCCUCCCUCAUGCGACUGGAUUUAGGAGAACUGAAAAAACUGGAGUAUAUCUCUGAGGGUGCUUUCGAAGGAUUAUACAACUUGAAAUACCUAAACCUUGGAAUGUGUAAUCUGCGGGAGAUGCCUGUCCUCUCCCCAUUGGUGGGGCUGGAGGAACUAGAAAUGUCAGAAAACUACUUUCCAGACAUCAAACCUGGAUCCUUUAGGGGUCUGAAAUCCCUGAAAAAGCUCUGGAUUAUGAACUCCAAAAUCACCACCAUGGAGAGAAAUGCAUUUGAUGAUGUCACAGCCUUGGUUGAACUCAACCUGGCCCAUAAUAACCUUAGCUCUUUGCCCCAUGACCUUUUUGCACCCUUGAGUUACCUGGUAGAGCUGCACUUGCACCAUAACCCAUGGCGGUGUGACUGUGAUGUGGUGUGGCUGGCUUGGUGGCUAAGAGAGUACAUCCCUACCAACUCCACGUGUUGUGGCCGCUGCCAUAGCCCUGCCCAUCUGCGAGGACGCUACCUAGUGGAGGUGGACCAGACUACGUUUCAGUGCUCUGCUCCUUUCAUUCUAGAUGCUCCACGGGACCUUAACAUAUCUGCAGAGCGAGUGGCUGAGUUCAAGUGUCGCACAGCUCCCAUGUCAUCUGUCAGAUGGCUCCUACCCAACGGAACAGUUCUGACCCAUGGCUCCAAUCAUCCAAGGAUAUACGUUCUUAAUGAUGGAACUCUAAAUUUCUCCAAUGUUCUGCCAUCUGACACAGGUGUGUACACCUGCAUGGUGACAAACAUGGCUGGAAACUCCAAUGCAUCAGCUUACCUGAAUGUGAGUGCAGCCGAGCUUAACACCUCUGAGCAUCUAAGCUACUUCACCACAGUCACUGUGGAAAUUGUGGAGUCAACAUCAGAGUUGGUGAUUAAACCGAAGACGGUCACGGCCUCACCCUCCGUCUUCCAGCCUGUGUUUAUCUCAACUCCAACUGUGCUACUGCAGACACCAAGACAGGUUAGUGUGCCAACUAUCCGAGGAACAGUGCGCCCACCUGCCAGUUUGGACGAGGUGAUGAAGACUACAAAGAUCAUCAUUGGCUGCUUUGUUGCCGUCACGCUGCUCGCUGCGAUCAUGCUAAUUGUGUUCUACAAGCUCCGUAAACGACACCAACAGAGGAGCACGGUGGCAGCUGCCAGGACUUUAGAGAUCAUUCAGAUGGGGGAGAACGUUCCUCCUGCCACAUCGGGAACAACAAUACCAGGAGAGGGUGAGAUGGUGCUACCAAGUCUGAGAGAUCGUAACAACAGCUACAAAUCCAGCUACAGCACCUACAAAUCAGCACACUCUGCUCCCUGGACAGAGAACAGCAUUGGCAAUUCUCUACAUCGCCCUCGGCCCUCAACCAUCAGCACCAUCCCGGAACACUACUUGAUUAAAACUCACACCAAGGAGAAGGUACAGGAAACCCAGAUCUAACAUUCCCAUAACCUUCUCCUCCUUCUACCCUUUUUCUGUUCCUCAUGAAAACAUGCAAUAGAAUGCACAAAGGAAAGACAGCGAUUACUUUUGUACCCAGUGCAAAAAUGAGACUGUUUUUCUUGUACAUGCUUAUAUAUAAAUAUAUGAAUAUAAAUAUAUAAAUUAAUCAACUAUGGGGUGAUAAGAGAAGCAGAUUAUAUAUAAAAAAGAGGAAAAAUGAAUUUAAAACUAUUUUCUAAUGUGUAACUUCUAUUUAAGACGGGAAAAUGAAGAUAAUGACAUUACACUGCAGAUGCGAACAGAUUUGUUUGAGAAGUCUGUGGUUUUUAGACCCUGCUAGAUAUAAUCCAGUAAUAUUUCUACAUAACUGUCCCCAAAAUAAUAUUUACAAGUUUCUCUUGUAAGAGCACCAAGAAUUUGUAAUGUGCCAAAUGUUAUACAUGAAAUUUGGGUUGAAGAAAUAUACGACAAAACAAUGCAAGACAUAGUUGCAAAAAAAAAGAAAAGAAAAAAAAAAAAAAAACAAGAUCUCCUGAGUCUGCUGAGUCUCAGUAGCUAUCAGCCAAAUGGUUUUGGUCUCUUAUGUGCUUUUUUUCAGUGAGUGCUUUUGCAGUUUAUCUUCAUAACUUUAAGGAAAAUCCCCAGUACUGACCAAACACCUACAGUGUUUUCAUAAGUGUACCUGGAUACAAAUUAACAUUGAUUCUUCAUUCAAUACUGGGGAUUUUUCUAUGCUGUUUGUUUUGUUUUGUAUUGAACCUGUGUCUCAGCAAGAAGCAGUGAGGUAAUCUGAUUCCUGCAUUUUUUUUUUCUCCUUAAUUCCCCUUAAACCUCUUUAGGUUUUUUUGGAUUUGACAAAUUUACCAACAGUAGCUCUGACCAUUAUCGUCUCUGUUACUGGUCCCAAUUCUUUUAAGAUCCCAAAUGCUUUCUUAAGACUUGAGCGGCUUUUAGGGCUAAAAUAUAGUUAAAAACAUUACAACAGUUGCCUCAGAUUAGUAGUGUAAGGGCUGAACAGGACGAUUAUUUGCAACACUGCAGAGAUAGUUGCAAUGUCACGAUGGUUUGUUGCAAGCUGUUAACAUUAUCAUGACUGCUUACGAUUUUUUUGUUUCUUUGUCGAGAAAGGGUAUACAAAAGAAUGUGUUAAUUCUAGGCUGUCCUCACUGGUGAUCAUUCAAACAGUGAAUUUCAUUUGUCCUUAUUUUAAGCAACACUAUUUUUAUGAGGAGUCUUCAGAGGUUACAACAAUAAAACAUUUGGUUUGUAUUUCUCUAAAGAUAA